AUGUCUAUGCACAACUUGCCUGUCGAACUUCUUGAUAUGGCACAACGCAUCCUCUACCGUGAUGUAUCAGCUUCUGUCUGGUCGCGGAACUUAUGUGUCGUCAUCACUCUUGCGAAGAAACCGCAUAUCGCGCGUUUCGUGCGGUCCUUUUACAUUGCUAUAGAUUCCCUUGCUCAUGUCUUCCCCGCCUAUUAUCGCCAACUUGCAAAAGCCAUCCUAAAUAUGUCGGAGUUAACCUCCCUUAAUUUGCUUGUGGAUUCGAGCGUGAGCUGGGUGUUGAAGGAAUCGUCAAGUCGUAUCCACUUCUCCCACUUGCUUCAGUUCACUUGCUCCUUCCCUUUCGAUGAAAACGUUGCUAGGUUCCUUGAUAUCACGCCUUCGCUCCUUGAGCUCGAAGUAGAUUCUAUUCCUACCGUGUUUGCGCACAAUUCCCCACCCCCUUACCUUGCUCCAACUUCAAUUCCCAAUCUGGCACAGUUCGUUGGCUCCUCCCGGACUGCCGAAUUAAUCAUUCCUGGCCGUCCGGUAAGGAGCAUUCAUCUUAACGGCGGAGGUUUUAUGGAGGAUGAUAUUCCUCUGCUUUCCCGCUCGACUGUCCCUGUGGUCGUUCUGGGAACCGUUACCAAUGCACCUCCUGUCCCUUUCUUGGAAAUGCUGCGCAAGCAUGCGCCUCACUUGGUCUAUUUGCGAGUGAUGUCGACCAAAGACAUCUUCAGGGCUCCCACUGCCGAAUUUUAUGAGCAGGUGGCCAGUGUUCUAACGUCCUUCACAGAGCUCAGCGCAUUCGAGCUCUCCGGGAUGCACUGGGGCUCUCAAAGAAAACAAAAUGAUGGCGCAAAAAGGGUUUGGCAAUCAACGCCCCUCCAAAACAAAAACCUUCCUGAGGAUGAUUUGCUCUUUGGCACAGAAAUCUUCCUUGCAUACUGA